GGGCGGGGAGGAGUGGAGAUGGCGGCGGCUGCACAGGGGGGCGGGGGCGGGGAGCCCCGGGGAGCUGGUGGGGUGGGCCCGGGGGUCUCGGGGGAAGUGGAGGUCGUGAAGGGGCAGCCGUUCGACGUGGGCCCGCGCUACACGCAGCUGCAGUACAUCGGCGAGGGUGCCUACGGCAUGGUCAGCUCAGCUUAUGACCACAUUCGAAAGACUCGGGUGGCCAUAAAGAAGAUCAGCCCCUUUGAGCAUCAGACCUACUGUCAGCGCACUCUACGGGAGAUCCAGAUCUUGCUGCGGUUCCGCCAUGAGAAUGUCAUAGGCAUCCGAGAUAUUCUUCGGGCACCUACCCUGGAAGCCAUGAGAGAUGUCUACAUUGUGCAGGACCUGAUGGAGACGGACCUGUACAAGUUGCUCAGAAGCCAGCAAUUGAGCAAUGACCACAUCUGCUACUUCCUCUACCAGAUCCUUCGGGGCCUCAAGUAUAUUCACUCGGCCAAUGUGCUCCACCGGGAUUUAAAGCCUUCCAACCUGCUCAUCAACACCACCUGCGACCUUAAGAUCUGUGAUUUCGGCCUGGCCCGGAUUGCUGAUCCUGAGCAUGACCAUACUGGCUUUCUAACUGAGUAUGUGGCCACACGCUGGUACCGGGCUCCAGAGAUCAUGCUUAACUCUAAGGGCUACACCAAGUCCAUCGACAUCUGGUCUGUGGGCUGCAUCCUGGCUGAGAUGCUCUCCAACCGGCCCAUCUUCCCUGGAAAGCACUACCUGGACCAGCUCAACCACAUUCUGGGUAUCCUGGGCUCCCCAUCCCAGGAGGACCUGAAUUGUAUCAUUAACAUGAAGGCCCGAAACUACCUACAGUCUCUGCCCUCUAAGACUAAGGUGGCCUGGGCCAAGCUUUUUCCGAGGUCAGACUCCAAAGCUCUUGACCUCCUGGACCGGAUGUUAACUUUCAAUCCCAACAAGCGGAUCACAGUGGAGGAGGCGCUGGCUCACCCCUACCUGGAGCAGUACUAUGACCCCACAGAUGAGCCAGUGGCUGAAGAGCCCUUCACUUUUGACAUGGAGCUGGAUGAUCUACCCAAGGAGCGGCUGAAGGAGCUUAUCUUCCAAGAGACAGCCCGCUUUCAGCCAGGAGCAUCAGAUGCCCCCUAACCAGGACAGAUGUCCCUGCCUCCUGGGGCAUGUCUUCCGUCCUCGCCUGGCAGCCCACCGGGGAGGGUCUGGAGAGCGACUGGAGAACACCAUGGAGGCCAUAAUGAAGUGAGUGUGCAUGCCCUGGCCACAUUCCCACAUAAGGUUAUGCCAGUUGUGCACUGCAGACACCCUGGGGUGCCAUUCACUCCCAACCUGGGUGUCUAGAGCGCCUGGAGGUGGGCAGGUAAGUGUGCACAUCCAACCAUGACUCUGUCCUAUAGACUCCCUAUCCAGCUCAUCUCUGUCCCUAGUGCCCCAUUACUGACCUUUAUUCCCAUAGCUCCAUGGCUCAGGGAGCUGAGCUCUUGGAACUAGACUGCCAGCUGACCCGGGAUGGCGUGGUAGUGGUG